AUGCCGCCUGACCGUGCCCCCGUGUUGGCAGGGGUACGGCCCACUCCACCCCUUCCUCCCUUUGCAAUGCCAUGUCCCGUGCCCCCCGUUGUUGCAGGGGGUACGGCCACUCCACCCCCUCCCCCCUGGUGCAAUGGCCCUGACCGUGCCCCCGUCGUUGCAGAGGUACGGCACUUCCACCCCCCUUCCCCCCUUCUGCAUGCCCUGACCGUGCCCCCAUGUUGCAGGGUACGGCCCACUCCACCCCCUCCCCCCUUUGCAAGCCCUGACCGGUCCCCCGUGUUGCAGGGGGUACGGGCCACUUCCACCCCCCCCCCUUUUGCAAUGCCCUGGGACCGUUGCCCCCGUGUUGCAGGGUACGGCCACUCCCACCCUCCCCCCCUCCCCCUUUGCAUGAAUGCCGCUGACCCUGACCGUGCCCCCGUGUUGCAGAGGUACGGGCCCACUCCACCCCCCUCUCCCCCCUUUGCAAUGGCCCUGACGUGCCCCCGGUGCUGGCAGCAGGGUACUCCCCCCCUCCCCUUCGGCCACAAUCCUGACCGUGCCCCCCAGGACGGCCACUCCACCCCGAGCACAUCCCGGGCAAAUCUUUCACCAUCUUCUUACGCCAUGGUGGGGAUUCCUCUGUGCCUCUGGUGCUCUUCCACUCAUCGGCGAGCGCCUCAACAAAAGUCUCGUCCAUCGUUAUUAAGAGCUAUUAAGAAGCUGCUGAAGGGAGUCUAA